AUGCAGUCGUGGAGAAGGAAGUCCCUUUGGCUGGCACUGCUGGCCUCCUGGCUCCUCGGCCUCCUGGGGGUCUUUCCCCUUCUCCGCCUGGCCGUGCCCACCGGACCUCGGGCAGGGGCCCCCCAAGGCUGGCCCCGCUGGCUGGAUGCAGAGCUCCUGCAGAGCUUCUUCCAGCCUGGGGAGCCCCCAGAAGAUGCCCCUCAACUUCCUCGAGGCCCCCGUGGUGGCAGCUGCGACUGGGGAGCUUGCUUUGACCCCUCGAAGUGCAGGAGUGGUGGCUUCAAGGUGUUCGUGUACCCCGCGGCCGGACCCACGUCUGAGACUCAGCACAAGAUCCUGGCUUCCAUUGAGGGGUCCCCCUACCACACAGUCAGCCCCUCCGAGGCCUGCCUCCACCUCCUCAGCCUGGACGCCCCGGCUGGAGAGUGCAGCCUGGUGCCCCCGACAUGGAAUGGGGGCAGGAACCACCUGGUCCUGCGGCUCCACCCGGCCUCCUGCUCUUGGACCUUCCCGCCGGGACAGGCAAUGGUGGCCGAGGCCAGCCCCACGGUGGACGCCUUCCGGCCCGGCUUCGACGUGGCCCUCCCGCUUCUCCCUGAAGCCCACCCGGUUCGAGGUGGGGCUCCUGGCCAGCUGCGCCGGCACAGCCCCCACCCCGGGGUGGCGCUGCUAGCCCUGGCGGGGGAGAGGGGCGGCUGGCGCGUGGCCGGUCCCGCCGCCCCUGCCUGCCCCUGGGACGGACACUGCGAGCAGGACCAUGGACCGGAGCAGACCCACCCUGGGGCAGCGCUGCCCAACGCCACCUUCUGCCUCAUCCCAGGCCGCCGUCCUGAUGCCUUGCGCUUCCUCCAAGCCCUGCAGGCUGGCUGCAUCCCUGUGCUUCUCAGCCCUCGCUGGGAGCUGCCCUUCGCGGAGGUCAUCGAUUGGACCAAGGCGGCCAUUGUAGCCGACGAGAGGCUCCCUCUGCAGGUCCUGGCUGCCCUCCAGGAGAUGCCCCCCACGCGGGUCCUCGCCCUGCGCCAGCAGACCCAGUUCCUGUGGGACACCUACUUCUCCUCAGUGGAGAAGGUCAUCCGUACCACCCUCGAGAUUAUUCAGGACCGGAUCCUUGGAGCAUCCGCUCACCCAUCGCUGAUGUGGAACAGCCCCCCAGGGGCACUCCUGGCCCUGCCCACGUUUUCCACGAGUCCCUCGGACUUCCCCUUCUAUUACCUUCAGCAGGGCUCUCGCCCUGCAGGCAGGUUCAGCGCCCUCAUCUGGGUGGGGGCCACAGGCCAGCCCCCCCUGAAGCUCAUCCAGGCAGUGGCAGGCUCCCAGCACUGUGCCCAGAUCUUGGUCCUCUGGAGCAAUGACAAGCCACCCCCACCCAGUUGGCCUGAGACAGCAGUGCCCUUGACAGUCAUCGAGGGGCACAGGAAGGCCAGUGACCGCUUCUUCCCGUACAGUGCCAUCAGCACCGAUGCCAUCCUCAGCCUUGAUGCCCACAGCAGUCUUUCCACCAGUGAGGUGGACUUUGCUUUCGUGGUGUGGCAGAGCUUCCCGGAGCGGCUGGUGGGCUUUCUGACAUGGAGCCACUUCUGGGAUGAGGCCCAGGGGGGCUGGUGCUAUACUGCUGAGAGGGUCAACGACUUCUCCGUGGUCCUCACCUCGGCGGCCUUCUACCACAGGUAUUACCACACCCUCUUCACCCACGCCCUGCCCAAGGCUCUGAGGAGCCUGGCAGAUGCCGCACCCACCUGCGCGGACGUCCUGAUGAACUUCCUGGUGGCAGCGGCCACCAAGCUGCCCCCUAUCAAGGUGCCCUACGGGAAGCGGCGCGGGGAAGCCGGACCGCCGCAGGCGCCUGGGGGCCUCGGGCCCGCGCCGCAGCCCACGGCCCCGGACUGCAUCAACCAGAUGGCGGCGGGGUUCGGCCACAUGCCCCUGGUGUCCUCUCGCCUCCGUCUGGACCCAGUGCUCUUUAAGGACCCGGUGUCCGUGCUGCGCAAGAAGUACCGGAGCCUGGAGAAGCCCUGAGGACCCCCGGGC